AGUAGGUCACCCGGAUACAUUUCAAACUGAAAGUAACAUGUGACCAUUGUCAACAAAAUUAAAAUGAAAGAAGAUGGAAAAAAUACCAAUAGUUCACAUUAAGAAUAUCACGGACAGUACGGUUUUAAAGAUAGAAGGGACGGAGGAACUUCAUUUGAUAGGGUUUGGACAAGAUGGCGAUGUACAAACAGCCCCAAUGUCAUCUUCUGAUAGAUUUACAGAUCUACCAUCAGGAAUCGUAGUUCCAUUACUUAUGCUAACGAAAUGUCAACAUGGUGGAUUGAUGUUAACCUCACACAAUAAAGAUGUGUCCUGUUUUGUCAACAAGGAAAGAUUAACUUCGGAGAUAAAUUUGUUAGGAGGUUCUACAAUAGAGGUAGCUGACAAGAAAUUGAGGGUGUUUAUAGGUCCUAUGGCUAAAGAGAGAAGAUUGUUACCCCAUACCCCAGGAGUAGCUGUUUCUAGGACUCCACCCCCAAAACCUGGCAGGAAAGGAGAAAAUCAGCCACUUCAACGAGCAGUAAGUGAAGAAAGUUCUGACUGGUUCUAUGUUCAACAUCCUUCUACAGAUCCAGAUUUAUUUGAGCAAUCAGCAUCCUCUAAACAGCUUGGAGGCCUGGCUGCAAGUUUCUUAACAAAACAGGUCCACAUGUACACAGAUUCAAAGCUAUCAUCCAAAAUGACAGAUCAGAUAUUCAGAUUCUUGCAGGAAGUAGCAGAAUAUCAGAGGAAUGUUGUACUGGGUUACUUAAAUGAGGUUACCAGCUAUUUAGAUGAAAUGCCAGAAUCAGAAAGGGACAGGCCAAUACAUUCUCCAGCUAUAAAACUUCUUGUUGAAAUUCUUAGACAAAUACUAGAUCCCUUGUCUCAUGUUGUUCUGUGUCUGCAGUUGCUAAGGAAGUUCAGCCAUUUUCCACAGAAUAUUCCAAUAAUGAUAAAAUGUCAGGCAGCUGCAGCAGUUAUGGGUUGUAUGGCUGUGUAUUUGAACCAGGAAGAAGUACAAUCAAAUUGUUUAGACAUCUUAGCCAAGAUAACAACAUAUCAAUAUCAGAUUAAUGAAAAGGUACAAAUAAGAGAAACUGCUUUGGAAAUGAUAUUGAGAGCUUUGAACCAUCAUGAGGACCAUGAAGAAAUCUUACAGUCUGGUUGUCGUACUUUGUCAAAUCUAACAGCAACAUUGCAGAUGACAUUAGAGUCAUGGUUAGAUAUACCAUACAAUAUAAAUCCAGAUGUAGAGGAAGGAAUAGCUAAAUAUGAGGCAUUACUAAAUCACAUCUUUACCACUGCUACAUCAACAGUACAGAUUAUACUACAGAAUUAUAUGAAUAAUAUUGGAAUUAGGACAGAAGGAAGAAGAUUCUUAUUCAAUCUGUCAAAGAUGACACAACUAUUAACUAAGAAAGGAAAAAGAUGUUUGAUUGUAAAUGAAGGAGAUGAAGAUGAAGAUGAAAAUUCUAGAAAUACAAGUGAAAAUUUAGUUACUCCAACAGUUUUAGCCCCUACGAGAACUGACAUUGAAACAAAAAGUAUUCUCCGUCAUGAUGGUGAAAAAACAUUGGGAGCAUUACGAAAAGUUCAUUUUAUAGACAAUCAAUCUUUAACAAGUAGUUCUGCAACUGAAGAGGACAGUGAUGAAGAUGAAGAUGAUGAGGUUGCAUUUGAGAGGAGGAAGGAGGCAGGCCGUGCCGUUAUUGAAAUUAGUGAAACCAGAAAAUUAACAUCAACAGAAGUUAAGAAUUUUCAUAUACAGACAACACCUGAUGCAGAACUUCUUUCCACUUUAGAAUCUUCAGUUGAAUCAUGUGGUGAAUACAAAGAGGUCAAAAAUGAGGACAAAGAAAUGUCAGAACAUGAAUCUGAAAGUGAAUUUGAAAAUUCUACAGAAUCACAAAAUUUGACAAACAGUGAGGAAGAUGUUAACUUAGGAGAAACUAUUAAUUCAUCUCAAGAAUCAAAUGUUAUGUCAAGUAUUGACACUGAUUUACAGGGAAGUAUUCAGGAAGGUCAGGAAACUGACAUCUCCCAGAAUUCAUUGCAACAUGAUGGGACUGAAGAUACUGUAGUUCAUUAUAGACAAAAGGAUGUAUUGUCCAAUGUUAAUAAGGAGGUUUUAAAUGACAAGGAAGGUGAUUUGCCACCAUUUCCACAUUCUUUUUCGGUUUCAGAUGUUGAACUUUUAACCAAUGUUAUCAGGACAAAGGUUGUGGAAUAUGUAAGCUGUCUAGUGAUUAAUGGAAAAGAUUCACAAGCUUUAAAGGACAUUGACCUAUCACUAGUUAAUUUACUGGAGAAAGCUGAGGUAUCUCCUAGAUUGUUACAAUAUGUUCAGCAACAGUAUAACCAUAGUAAAACAUUAAUGGAUAUAGAUACAUCAUACUUAAUCGGUAUUAUAGAUGCUGUCAGAUACAUAUCAUUGUUACCAGAUUUAUUGAGAAAGUCUUUACUAGAUGUAGCCGCUGGUUUAGAGAAAAACAAAGACCCCUUUGUUAUAUAUGUGGCAGCAGAGAGUAUAAAGACAGUGUUUAAAAAGGAUAUCCUUAGUCCUGUAGUCUUUGAUAAGACAUUCUCAGAAACAAUGACAAACCAUCUUCAGCAAGCUGAACAUAGGUCCAGAAUUCUACAAGAUAUAGUAAAAUUAUUAAGUGAAAGCUAAUGAGACAUUUGAGCUUAAAGGUAGUUCAAUUCUUGAAUGAGUAUGUGUAAGAAGGGCCAUAUUCAUUUUGAGAUGGAAAAAUAAAAGUUAUUGGUUUUAAAAUUUUAUGAUACUGAGUCAUUAAUCAAUUGAAAUAGAUAAUUCAAUGACUUAUUUUACAAAUUGUUGGAUAUUUUUUAAUCAAGUAGAACUUAAAAAAAGAAAUUGUGUACCUGAUAAUUUCAAUGAUUACAAAUUAUUAUUAAAACAUUCUUUUAUACACAAUAUAAUUUAAUCAAGCUAUCUGAUGAAUUGUUUUACUGCUAGUUAACUAAUUACUUGGUGAUUGUAUUUAACUGAAUGUCAAUUCUAGAAAUGGUUUAAAUCUAUUUAAUAUAACUACCAAAAAAAAACAACAAUAUAAUGUAAUAUAUUAAAGAAUGUAGUUUUUUUGACAUUCCAAUUAUUGUGAUAUUAUCUUAACUUCCUUACAUAGCUGUGAUUAAUAAUUUCAUUUUGUAUGUUUUGUAUAGAUAACCCAAUUAUUUUAAAAUGUCCAUGUUUCUGUUUUCUUUUGGUAAAUUUUAUAUUUUGAUAAAAUUUAUAAUGAAUGUUAAAUAGAUUGUAUAUUUUUGUAACAAUUUAUGAUUAUAGCUUAUUUUACACAUUAUGUUAUAUUUUCAUAUUAACUUGUUUAAUCUUUGAAAAAGCAUUUUAUCUGCAUUGUUUAUUUACAAAUAUGGAUAAAGCAUUUUUGAUUCACACUUUUGAACCAAGCCAAAUUUAUUCAUUCUUAAAAGACCUAUUACUUUACAACACAAGUCAAAUACAGAGACAAUUUAACUAUUUGUCUUGAAAGUUGAAAGGCUGAUAUGCAUAACUUGGAUGAAAUAAUAUUUAUUGAUAAAGACAUUCGCAUGUCAGUUGAGAAUCUCUACACAAAAUAUAAAAAAUAUUAGAAUCAAACAUAAAUGUUUGUACUCAUAGUUUACCGAAUCUUGAUUUCUUUAUGUACACUCAUCAGUCACCUUUCAGUUAUGUUCAACUUUCCUCUUUCAGGAUCAGCUGUACAAAGUUCAAGGGGACUAAUGAACUAAACUGAGUGUAAAUCUGCUACUGAUUAUCUGUCCAUAGUCAUACUUUCAAAACCACAAAAUUAUGGCCAUUUAAUAUACAUAAAUUCACGAAAAUAUUCAUUAAAACUAGUGAGUUUUGUUGUUGUUGACCUGCAAUAAAUUUAUAUUUGUAGAAAUUUCAUGAAAAUUAAAAUUUUUUGUUCUGUUAUAAGCUGUCGUCAUGGAUACCAUAUUUGGUAUUUAAUGUUGUAGUAGUCAAUAAAAGACUCAUUGAAAGGUUGAAAAAAAAAAUGUUUAUUCCCACCAUUGUUUGAUCUAUCUAUUCAAAGCAAGGAACCUUGGAAAUUGUCUGUGGUCAAAUUCUUAUCAGUGUUUUUUUUAGUGAAUUUUGAUUUAGCAGAUCUUCACCUGUCUAUGUCAAAUUUAUAUAUAUUUUUAAAAAGUUUCAUAGUUUUAUUUUACAUUGAGUUAUUUAAUAUAUUUCGUAUUAAUGUUGAUUGAUUUAUUAUGUAUCUUUAUGCAAUUAUUGUUAAGUGUUAAGUUUGUGUAAAUUUAUUUACCUGUUUAAAUUUUUUAGAUUAUAGUUUUAAUUCUUUGAUAUUUUUGGUGCUUAUAGAAGUAAAAUACAUCAAUUUGUGAGUUAAAAAUGAAAAUGAAUGUAUAUUUGUGAUUUCUGUAGAAAUAUAUUGGUCAGUGGUAGCUAUGAUAACUGCUUAGAAAACAAUCAUAAAUUUAAAAAUUAAACACAUUGUUAAAAGUUAAAAUUGUUAAUGAUGA